UAUUGGCAGGUGCCGGGGGGAGGGGGAUUACUGAACAAACGCACGAUUGUGUAUAGGUUAGGAUUUGUUUGAGUGAUGUGAACAAAAUAUGAGAAAAUGCUACUUUUGUUUAAUGUCAUUUCAAGACCAGUUUCUGCGCUCUUCAAGUUAAAAUGGAGUCACAUGAGGUCCACUGCGCCAAUGUCCAUCUAUUUCAAUAUAAACGAAACUGGAGAUUCUUAUAAUAAAUUUAAAGAUCAUCAUCCUCGAUUGUAUGUGAUUGGAAAUGGUUCCCGUCUGGCUUCGAAAUGUGUGUUUUUGAAACAGUCUACGGCCCGGAUACUGUUCAACUGUGGCGAAUCUGCAGAUUUCAAAGGCGUCGCUGAUUCUGUUUUUGUUACCCACAUUGGGUGGGAUAAAAUAGGAGGCAUCCCCAGUGUCAUUUACAAAGCUUCAAGUUCAAUGAGAGAACAGCUGUCUUUCUGUGGCCCACCAGGACUGGACUGUUUCAUUCAGGCUUCAGAAUCAUUCCUAAUGCUUCAUAAAAAACUUAAAGUGAAUAUUCUGAAUCCCAAAUUGAUGCACCAAAACAUAGGAGACAAUUAUAAGGUGACAUGUGUACCAAUAAGGAGCAAUACAAAAGUUGUUUACCGUCCAUCUCCCAUAAACAAUUCAAUGCUGAAAAGCUUUAAUGGUAUUUACAAUCCCUAUUCAGCUCGCAAGCCAAACGAGCUAAUCACAUCGUGUUCGAAGGACUAUGACUUUAAUGUUAGCAAUAGCUACAUUGUGGAAAGUGGUGGUUGUAAGAACUGGCGAUUUUCACAAUGUGUAUUACGAGGUGUGCAGCCUGGAGAGCAGAUGCUGAAGCUUUGGCAAGGAGAAAGUAUUACUGUUGAAGAUGGUAGCAUAGUAAAACCAGAAGAUGUAAUUAGUUUCAAUUCAUGCUCAUCCGUAAUAGUAAUAGACUGUCCUUCAGAGAAUUUCCUGGACGACCUCCUUAGUAAGGAGGAUUAUGAAAGGUAUUAUGAUUCAUCAGUGGUAAUGGUCCAUUUCACACCAUUGGCUGUUAUGGAAGAUAAAAGGUAUAUAACCUGGAUGCAACGUUUUAAAAAGAACACUAAGCACGUGGUAGUGAAUGAUUCUAAUGAAUGGGAAAGUUCUCCCAGGGUACUGAACAAACAAAAAAUUUGUCGAUCCAUUCAUCCAAGGUUUUACCCUGAACUGCAACAACGUAGUAAAGAUCAAACCAAUAUAUCAGCAUCUGAAUCUCUAGAAAAACUUACUUCAUUAGAUUCGGUAGAUGGCACUCUUGUUGUUAAUGCAGUUCCAUCUGAAGAAUGGUUACAGAAAUGGAGUGAUGAGAUGAGAGAGUUUGAUUUAGUCCAGUCUCAGACUGGCUUAAAUGUUAACUUGAAAGGUCUGGAAUGUACAAGGCACUUUGAACCUUUUGAAAUAUCAUGUCUUCCUGAUGAAACAAAAUAUGGUGAAAGUCUGAAAACACCACCUACAUUUUCUCCAAAGAAUCCAAGGAUCACAUUUUUAGGAACUGGUUCACAAGCUAGUUCAGCAUAUCGAAAUGCAUCUGCUAUUUUAGUGCAGAUUAGUUCUGACUCAAGUAUGUUGAUUGAUUGUGGAGAUGGCACGAUUAAACAAUUUGUAACAUUGUUUAAUGAUAGCGAAUUACUGGAGGUUCUUACUUCAUUAAGAUGUAUUUAUAUUUCACAUACACAUGCAGACCAUCAUGCAGGUGUAAUAGGAGUUUUACUUGCCAUCCAAAAAGCUUGGAAAGCUUUAGGGAAACCACAGAAAAAUAUAGUUUGUCUUCUCCCUGCCCCUAUUAUUGGCUGGCUUCACCAUUAUCAUACUUAUAUUGAGCCUAUUCUAGAUCAUGUUGUACUUAUAAAUUUAGUUGAUAUGAUGUCUGAUAAUAUAGUUCAUAGGAGGGAACUUAACCAAUUUUUCAAGAACCAUUAUGGCAUGAUAAAUACAAAAGUGUGUUGGGCCAUUCAUAGUACAUACUCGUACUGUGUUUCAUUUGAACACUCAGCUGGAUGGCAAAUAAGUUAUUCAGGAGACACAAGAUACAAUCAUUAUUUUGUGGAAAUGGGCAGAAAUAGUGAUCUCUUGAUUCAUGAGGCAACAUAUGGUUCCGGACUUGAUAAAAUGGCAAAGAUAGCAAGGCAUAGUACAACAGAAGAUGCCAUUAGAGCUGGUAAGGCAAUGAGGGCAAAAAAUAUCAUAUUAACACAUUUUAGUCGCCGAUACCCAAUUAUCCCCUGCUUGGGGGAUUUAAAGAACACUGAAAAUGUUGCAGUAGCAAUGGACUUCUUACAGGUUACCCUUGAUGACUUGCAUCUCUUGCCAAAAUUGCAUGAAGACUAUGAAGUUGUCUUUGACAUGUAUGAACAGAAAAAUGUAGAUAGAAAUAAGUCUCUUAAAAAGAGAAAUAGUUAAUGAUAUCUUAUUGCUAUAAAAUACAUUAAAUUUUUACAGUAAAAGUCA